AUAUACAUCGACGAGCGAGCCGCUUUGCGUCCAGUGUCCCUCUUUCCAACUCGAGCAACACCGCCCAUUUGACACUAACUGACCUCCAUGGCUCCUGCCGAACCUGAAGCCGUGCCCUUCAGACCAAAGGGUGAAGUGCCUUUCUUUCCCGAAGAGCGUGAAGGGUGGAAAGGCUAUAUCGAGUGGGAGAAGUAUCCGGAGAAGAAAAAGAAGGCUGAAGAAAUUCUGAGCAACUAUGACUUUCCAAAUCCGCCAGAGUUCCAGCUCUGUCCCUUGCCGGACAAGAACCCAGUCCUCGAGGGUGUCAGAUGGAAACAAUAUCACGAGGCCAUGGGCCCCACACUCAAGAACAUUCCGGACGUCAGCUGGGACUACGUGAAGAAAGAAAAGAGUCCUGACAUGAUCCACGUUCUGCAAUUCCCCUACAAUGGAGAACCACCCAGGAACCGUCUCGUAGCAAACGAGCACACCACGAAUGCCGACCAUUUUGUUCGCAACCACGGCGGCGUUCCAGAAAUCGAUGCUGACCAAUGGUCCCUCGACAUCUCCGGCCUAGUAAACAACCCGCAGCGUUUAACCCUCGCUGACCUGAAAGAUGAGUCGAGAUUCCCGCGUCAGACCAAUGUCGUCACCAUCCAAUGUUCGGGUACGCGACGUAUUGAACAGAUCCACGAAUAUCCGGGCGACGGUGACGAGCUUAUCAAUGCGCCCUGGGGCGAGGGAGCCAUCGGGACUGCGCGUUGGACGGGCGUAAGCUUGAAGAAGAUCAUAAAAUACUGUGGCGGGCUGAAGGAAGGGGCCCAGCACCUCGAGUUCUACGGCGCCGACACAUACUUCAAGAAGUCCAAGGUGUACAACUACGUCGUCAGUGUGCCAUGGCGCAAAGUCAAGCUGAACGAAGUUCUAGUUGCCUGGGAGAUGAACGGAGAGCCUAUGCCGCGCAUCCACGGCUUCCCCGUGCGCACCGUUGCGUUCGGGUAUAUCGGCGCGCGCAGCUGCAAGUGGUUGUACGAGAUCAAAGCGAUCGAGGAACCGAGCCUGGCGCCCGUCCAGAUGAAGGAAUACCUGUACUACACGCCGCAGGUCGGCAAGCAGAACGCCAUGUACAGCAACGGCUUUUCAAUCCAGGAUAUGCCUGUAUCUUCGGCCAUCAUGUCGCCCGUCAACAUGGACCAGAUUGUGCAUGACGGAAAGAUCAAGCUGCGUGGCUGGGCCUAUUCGGGCGGCGGCCACUGGCCUGUCCGCGUCGAGGUCUCGGGCGACGGUGGCUCCGUCUGGUACGAGGUCCAAUACGAGCAGAUGACCAAGAAGUACUACCACGCGUGGCGGCUGUGGGAGAUCGACAUGCCUGUAGACGCUGAGGGAUGGUUAGAGUUUUGCGUGCGCACGUGGGACAACGCGCUUAAUACGCAGCCGACGUUUGUGCGGUCCGCUUGGAAUUGGGACCUCCAUGUCACGUCCUCGUGCCACCGCAUCAAGAUCUACAGCAUCAAUCGCAGCAAGCCGGUAACGGCUGCGCGGCUUGAGCUGCUCAAGAAGAAGGGUAUUCCUAUAGUGCCUAUUACGCAUCCGCUUGAGAUCGAUCUCGAGAGCGAGGAGGACUACACGCGGCGAAUGAGGGCGCAGGGCGGGCGCGAGCCGGACGAGUAAAUGGAGUGAAGGGAGAGUUCGAUUGGUAUCUCUAAUUGGAUAGGUAUAUAGUGUUUUGUAAUGAAGUUUUGAUUACAUUUUUUCAUGAGAC